UGUGGCCCCGCCUCUCUUUCCUUCCUGCAGCGGCAGAGAAGAUGGCUGGAAGUAGCGGCAGUGCGGGCUCUGGUGACAACAUUCCCCACUACGAGACGGCGGAGCUGAACACUCAGAUCUUCCAUGUGGGCUCCUUUGGGGCUCUCUGGAAGAAGUCGCUGCGCGAGGAAGAUCUGUCCCUACAGCAGGCAGUGUCCGCAGACUGCGAGGAUGCGGUGGUGGCCGAUGAUUUUGACUGCACGCCGGAGGUUGCGGCCGCGCUGAGGGCUGUGUGCAGCAUUGAUGCACUGAAGAGCUCUGAUAAAGAAGAUACCGAAGUUAUCCCUGAAGACACUAGCUUAGUAACUCUUAGAAUUAGACAGAAGGCUCUGGAGAGGCGAGAAGAAACUCUAGUUGUAGAUCGUGCAUGUAGACAAGAAACAUUUAUUUACGAGAUGGAAUCUCGUGCAAUUGGAAAGAAGCCGAAAAAUCCAAUCAAUUCAGUCAAGGAUGGAGAGCUUGUUUUAACUCUCAAUAUUUUCUACCCAGUUAUAUUUCAGAAGCAUAAGUUCCGCAAGCCAUAUCAGACGGUGCUGGUUCUAGGCAGUCAAAAACUGGUUGAACUGAGAGAUUCCAUUUCCUGUGUAAGUGAUCUUCAGAUUGGUGGGGAGUUCAGCACUUGUCCGGACCAAGCACCAGAACAUAUCAGCAAGGAUUUGUACAAGUCUGCUUUCUUUUAUUUUGAAGGUAUUUUUUACAAUGAUAGAAGGUACCCAGAGUGCAGAGAUUUAAGCAGGACAAUUAUUGAGUGGGCCGAAUCUCGUGAUAGAGGGUAUGCGAAUCUUCAGGCUGCUAAAAUGGAAGAUUACACUUUUAAUGACUUGAGAAUCAAAGUUGGCUUUCCGUACCUCUACUGCCACCAAGGAGACUGCGAGCACAUUGUUGUUAUCACAGAUAUCAGGCUUAUUCAUCAGGAUGACUGUUUGGUUAGGAGCUUCUAUCCUUUGUUUACCAAGAAACAUUGGCUAUGGACCAAGAAAUGCUUUGUAUGCAAAAUGUAUACAGCCAGAUGGGUGACCAAUGAAGACAGCCUUGCUCCACAGGACCCCUCUUUCUUCUGUAAUGUCUGCUUCCAAAUGCUCCAUUAUGAUGCAGAUGGCAAUAAAUUAGGGGAGUUUCUUGCGUAUCCUUAUGUUGAUCCGGGGAUUUUCAACUAAGAGUUUGGCAAGAAGGAAGAUGACAAACAGUACUGUGAUCCUCUUCAGUAGCUGCUGGAACAUGUACCAUCAAAUGCUGCCGCCAAGCCGUGGCCAUCUUGUCCUUUUCAAAUAGUAUUUCCUGUGUGUAUUUGGUUUGUUUUUUCUUAAUUCUUGGCAGCUAUUCAGAUGGUGAGAGCAUCCAAAAGUGCGGAUUACAUCAGGUGUAAAAGCUGCAUAUUAUUUCUGGGUGCUUAUGAGGCGUUUCCUUUGCAGUGUGUUGCUGGCAUGUUUAGGAGCAUUUUUUAAAAAAUGCUUAUAAUUCUGCUGGAUUUAUUAUUAUUUAUUAUCUACUUUAUUAAUUACAUUUAUAAACUACCCCAUCCAAAGGCUCUGGAUUUGAAGGGCUGUUGAGAGCUGAGCUCCUUUGUCUUGUGGUGGUACUAAAAUCGAAGGGCUGUCAAAGCUCACGUUCAGUUUGCCCUUCCAUGCAUUCCCUUAUUGCACUGUCAUGAGGCAGUUGUAUUGUUUCUCUGUCCCUCCAUCUAGCUGUCAGAAGAGAAACGCAGGCCUCUUGUUCUUCAAAUAGAACUUGUGGAGGAGGAGGAGGAAAUAGCAUUAGGGAGCCUCUGGAGUGACCAGAUGAUGUCUGCUGUCCCUCCUUUCUUCAUUCCCCAACAGUCCUUCCUAUCCUCCAUUCCAUUCUGCUUUGCUCCCCUUCAUCCCUGGACACCAUCAGCCCCCAGCCUUGUAGGCUGCCUGACUAGGCAUGCCUGAAACAGUAGACCUCAUUUCUUAUGCCUUCAGUGGCUCAGUGCACUGCUGGCAGUUCUCUCCCCACUUGGCCAACAAGAUUAAAAGCUUUGUUGCUACCAUUAAGGAUGUUGCCAUGUCUGCCUUCUAGGUGCCUGUGCUGGAUAUUGCUCAUAUCCUAUCUGAAAUGUAAUUCUGUUAGCUUUCACAAUGGUAACCUGAAUUUAAGGCCCUGUUGUCAUAUCUUUCUCCUUCAGAAAGGGAACCAGUUCUGGGUUGAUAACAGCAUUGUUUUCUGUGAGAAACUAGGCAUUUGUAAAUAGGAUUUAUUGCACCAAGCAACAUUUAUUGCUGCCUGCAUUUAAUUUUGAUACUUGAGUCGGAUUUUUGUAUGUGCCUCUCCUUUGUAAAUGAGUUUAUAUAUAUGAUAUGUUACACAAGUUUCAGAUGCUCCUUAGUUUCUUUUAUUGUACUGAUGCUUUAGUUUAUAAUUAAAUAUCUCUAUGCUAUAUUUGA